AUGGCAUUUGUAGUGAGGGCAUCUGAUCCAGGGCUUGGGUUAAAUAUAGCUCAGUCUAGUGUAAGGAGAACAUUUAAUGGGAAAUGGUUGGCAUUCUUUCUUUCCAAAGCUCAGAGUGAGAGAGACAGAGGAGCGAGACAUGCACACAUAAACAUACCCAACCAGGGAGAGAGUGAACGGGAGCAAGCAAGCAAGCAAAGCACUCAAGCAGAAAAGGCAGUGGACAAGGGAUCGACACCCUACACAACAGUGGAUUUGGACAGCUUUCCAGCCAGCAUGGUCAUGCUCAGCAGGGUUGCCUUGGGAUUUUAUCUUCAACUCCUUUUCUGCUUUGCUUUAUCUCAGAAUUCUUUUGUUGACAGUGUCUUCUCAAUACCUGCAGCCCUCCCUUGCCUGGACCAGAAGAAAAGAAUUAAUAAUCACAGAGCAUGCUCUCUCUUGGCCCUUCCUCCUCCACCACCCCCACCUCCCCCUCCUCCAUUAUUUCCUCCACCAAACUUCAAGCAGGGAUGGAAUUCUAUGUUGUUAUCACUGGAUAUGAAAUAUUUAUGUCAAGAACUUCAGAUAACACAGCCUCCAUGUAUAGAAUCUAUAUGCCCUCCAGGACCUCCUGGCCCCCAGGGCCCACAGGGUAUUCCUGGUAUGAAAGGACCAAAAGGGGCAAAAGGUGAAAUUGGCAGACCAGGAAGAAAGGGCAGCCCGGGUCCUCCAGGUGUCCCUGGAAUGCCUGGAUCUAUUGGAUGGCCUGGUCCAAUGGGGCCUAGGGGCGAAAAGGGUGAUUUAGGUUUGAUGGGCUUGCCAGGUACAAGAGGACCAACGGGCUCUAAGGGUUACCCGGGAAGCAGAGGAGAAAAGGGAACUCAAGGAGAGAAAGGUUCCAAAGGCAGCAAAGGUGACAAGGGCUACAUAGGUUUCCCUGGAAUGCUUGGACAGAAGGGAGAAAUGGGUCCAAAGGGGGAAUCUGGUGCACCGGGGUACAGAGGACCGACUGGAAGACCAGGAAAACGAGGCAAACAAGGGCAAAAGGGAGACAUAGGACCUCCUGGAAUUGCAGGCCCACCUGGUCGGCCCGGUCCACCUGGUCAGCCUGGUCCACCAGGAACUUCAGUAUCAGGGCAACUAACAAUGGGGCCAAAAGGGGAGCGAGGGCUUCCUGGAUCUCCAGGGAAAUGUCUCUGCAACUCUCAGCCAAAUGUGAAUAACCCGUCCUAUGAGGAACCACUCUUUGGACAGGCGUUUUCAAAAGUUCCUGCAAUAUUUGUUGUAAAUAACCGAGAAGAGCUGGACCGGCUAAACACAGAAAAUGCCCUAGCAUUUCGAAGAGAUCAAAGAUCUUUGUAUUUCAAAGACACUUUUGGGUGGCUUCCAAUCCAGCUUACCCCUUUCUAUUCUGUGGACUACCCAGUUGAUGACAGCAGCUCUGCCUGUGGAGAUGGGAUCAUCCAAGAUGGAGAAGAAUGUGAUGAUGGCAAUACUGUUGUGACUGAUACCUGUAUAAGAUGUCGCCAUGCAUAUUGUGGAGACGGCUACCGACAGGAAGGUAUUGAAGAUUGUGAUGGGCAAGACUUCGGCUAUUUAACCUGUAAAACGUAUCUCCCUGGGUCUUAUGGAAAGUUACGAUGCACUUCCUAUUGUCGUAUUGACUCUACAGACUGUCGAUAUUUUACAUGAAAACUGGAACAGGAGGUGAGUAUCCCUCAUAUGACAUGGAUGGAGCAGAAACCAUGUUAUCAUCCAACUACUUCUGGACAGUAGAUAAACAGCAUUUCUCUGUGAUGAAACUACCAAUGUCAUGUUGAUCAGAGAUGCAUUUUUAGUCAAUUCACACACUGGAAGAAAAUAAGACUGCUGCAACCUGUCUUAGUAGAAUAAUUACAACAGCAUUGAAAAUCAGGACUUACUUUUUCCAUGGCUGCUUACAGAACUUCCCCUCUGCAACAGGAACAAAACCAAACUACUGGAACAUUAUUUUACUUCGAUACUGCUACUUCAGAAGAAUACAACAAUACCUCAACUUAGCACUGUUAGUCCUACAAACAAGCUCUUCAAGGUCAUUUUAAAAAAAAAGACUUUCCAGUAU